CCGUAUUAUUCCUACCCCAAUAACUCUGCCAUUAAGCAAAUGGGGAAAUCGAUAAAACGUUCGAUUACAGUUUGCAAUUUGAAGUGUGGCCCUAGCAUUAUGAUUGUUUAAUGUAAACAACAGCUGUUAAAUGUUUUUCUUUUCGUGUACGAUUUCACAAGAACCAUUUUACCAUUUGUUUAUUUGGACACAAAAGAGAUGGAUUCAGUUUUUCUAAAAAAGCUUUUGCUCAAAAGUCCAGGAGCAGAUCGUAAAUGCUAUAUUUAUCUGCAUAGUGAGUGGCAUGAUGAUGCCGUUAGCUUAUAUCUAAAAUAUUCGAAUUCCGGCUUAUAUUACAAAGGCCUAUUACUCGCCAAGGAUUUCGAGGAACCUGCAGCAGAAUUAGAAAUACCAUUGAAUGAUUUCCGUGGAGAGUGUAAAAGUGUGCUUACCAGUAACAUCGGCUUACCUGGCUUUGAGAUAGAGCUGGAUAACGAAAGAAAAAUCCUUAGAGUAAACAAAAAUAAAGAAUUCUGCAUUCAGUAUUUGGAAAUAAAGCUUACUGAAGCUGAUAAAAGUUAUGAAAUGCUGGAGGUUGCGAUCAAAAUAAUAGAUACGGACGGAAGUGGAAACGAAACCCAAAAAACAAAUGAUACCAUUGCUCGUCUAAUUGAAGACGUUGAACAAGUGUUACGAGAAAAAGAAGAGUGGAAGCAGAAAAUGCUGCAAAAAUUUCUUGCUUUAUUGAAUACAAAAAAAGAAAAAAUAUCAACGCUGCAGAACAAAAUAGAGAAUAUGGAUAAAAAGAUGAAGGGCGCAGAAAACAUGAAUGCUGCACAUAAUUUCCAGGGGAGCACUGGCGAUGGAAUGGACCAUGAUUUUAGUGAAGGUUCAAAUUCGGAUGCGAUUGACAGCCCCAAAGCAGAGAGUGAUUUUGAUGCACCCACACAACGCCUCACGCCGCCUAAUACAAAUGAGUAAUAAUUUUUAUACACCAAGGAGUUAAAUACAGUGUUAGGAAUGAAGUUGGGUGAUUAUCUUUUCAUUUAUAUAGAAAACACACACACACAUACAUAUGUGUAUAUGAAUGUCCAUGUUCGCGCCAUUUGUAUUCAGCCGUUGUAUUCAAAAAUUCGGAAAAAUAAUCUAUACUUCUGAAAUACUAAAUGCUAGGUAAAAAAUAAUUUUUAUUUAUACCAUAACAAACAUUUUAUAGGAAGUAAGAGCUUCAAACAGAUAAUUGAUUCAAUAAAGAAUUUUUGUUAGUAGCGUGGGUAUCCGCGCAAGGCUUUUGAAUAGCUUUAAAUAAAUAAUUAAAUACAUUAAUUUAUAUAUAUAAUCAAAUUAAAGUAAUGAAAAAAGAAGCAACCUAA